UAAAAGAUAACCUCCAUCUUGCUUUAUCCAGACGCCAAACUCUGAUAAAAUGCAUGAGGGUCCUCUCUAUAAUGCUACAAUUUAAAAGACCUGCUACAUCUUAUUGUGCUCUUGACACAGUUUUCCCUUGUGAAAACACACGUAGACAUGGCAAACGUGAGCUUUCUGGAAUUCCAGUACAGGAUUUCAAAGAACAAGUUUCUGCGGAAGCCAUCCCGGUUAUUCUCCUCUCGAGACAGGCAAAGCUCUGGCUUGUUAGCCACAUUCAUACCAAACAAAAACGAGAUGAAGAAAGUGUUUGACAAAUUUGAUUCCAACAAAGAUGGAAAGAUAUCCCAAAUGGAGUACAAGGCCAUUCUGAGAGCUCUUGGGCAGGGAAACAUGACUGCAGAAGUUCCAAAAAUUUUUCGCGUUGUUGAUCAGGAUGGAGAUGGGUAUAUUGAUUUUAAAGAGUUCAUGGAAAUACACAAGGGAGGAGGGGUUAGAACAAUGGACAUACAGAGUGCAUUUCGGGCAUUUGAUAUGAAUGGCGAUGGGAAGAUAACUGCAGAAGAAAUCAUGGAAAUUUUAAGCAGGCUUGGAGAGAGUUGCAGUCUGGAGGAUUGCAGGAAAAUGGUGAGAGUAGUGGACACCGAUGGUGAUGGUAUGGUUAAUAUGGAUGAGUUCAUGACCAUGAUGACUCGCCCCAUGAACAAUGGCUAGAGAGAUAAAUGACUGCCAUGAUUAAGAAGAAUACUUUUGCUUCAUGUUCCCCUUACAAAAUAUUGUAGAACAAUUGCAAAAUAAUGAUCUAGCAUUGUGUAAGCUAGUGCAUAUUCGUUUUGCAGUCAAUCUUCAACUUCCUGUCAAGUAAAUAAAGAAUGAUAAUGUAGUUUAAAUUUGACUCA